AUGUCCUCCUCGCCAACAUCUUCAUCAUGUUUCACCAGUAUCGAUCAGAUUCUGAGAGGCCAUUAUUCAAAGACUCCACCUAAAUGUUUACGGUGUAAGAAUCAUGGAGUGACUACUAUUUUGAAAGGCCACAAACGCUUAUGCGGUUGGAAAGAUUGCGUAUGUAGGAAGUGUAUACUUAUCGCUGAGAGACAACGAGUUAAUGCCGCGCAGGUGGCACUCCGAAGGCAACAAAUUCAAGAGGAGGAAGACGUGAAGGAGGUGGAAACUCUAUUGGGAAGAAAUAUUAAUGCUGCUAAAGCUUUGAAAAUUCUGCAUGGUGGUGUCCCGGCAGAGCAAAAUGUGCGAAACAAUGAUACUAAAACAUCUACCCAAGAAAUUCGUUGCUCACCUGUGUCAUCACCACCAGCACUAUUACCAGUAGAUCUGAAAUCAUCUAUAGAAUUGGUUUCACCCAGCCCGAUAUCAUUCAACAACAUGUAUCAAUUCUCACCAUUCAAUCCAUUGCUGUACAGCUGUUGGAGGUUUCCAGUAUCUCCCUUGCCACAUAAUUUCGUCACUCCCCCCUCUGAUUUCUCAUCUAUUGAGAGCCUCAUUGCUCAACCAGCGGCCUCAAAAAUUGGAGAUGCCUGCCAGAAAAUGAUAUAA